CAUGCGCAUUGAAACCACAAUAAACACAUGUUGGCAGCUUGUAUGUUAUCAAGUAUUUAGAUUGAAGAUUUUGGAAAAGAAGGAACCUAGUCAACGGUUCCAUUUUUGUCAACCAUGUCUUCCACAGAGUUGAAGAACCGAAACAACAGCGGUCAGGGUUACUCUGACGGUAGUACUCAGCAAGAUGAUAAGGUUGAGCUGAAGAAAACUAUCACACUUUUCAAUGGUGUUUGUAUCAUCGUUGGAGUCAUCAUUGGUUCUGGCAUAUUUGUGUCCCCUAAAGGAGUUUUGGAAGGUGCUGGAUCGGUUGGGGUGGCAAUCAUUGUAUGGGCGGGUUGUGGGCUGUUGUCUUUGAUCGGUGCCCUGUGCUAUGCUGAGCUGGGUACAACUAUCAACCGGUCAGGGGGAGACUAUGCGUACAUACUUGAGGCGUUUGGGCCGUGUCUCGCCUUCCUCCAGCUAUGGGUGAACUUGAUCAUUAUUCGCCCAACAGCACAGGCUAUCGUAGCCCUGACAUUCGCAUACUAUGCUCUUCAACCGAUGUUUCCAUCAUGUGACCCACCAGAAGCAUCCACCAGACUGCUCGCAGCGCUUUGUAUAAGUAUCUUGACCUUCGUUAACAUCUACAGUGUCCGAGCUGCCACAAAGAUACAGGACUUCUUCACAGUUGCAAAACUUCUUGCUCUCCUCCUGUUAAUCAUCACUGGAGCGGUCAUGAUUGGGAAAGGCGAGCACGAGUACUUGGUGAAUGCAUUUGAACCAAUGGAUGGGGCGACUCCAGGCGUUGGGUCUGUGUCUCUUGCAUUUUAUAGCGGCCUGUUUGCCUACGCUGGAUGGAAUUUCCUGAACUUUGUCACUGAAGAAUUGAUUGAUCCAUACAGAAACUUGCCGUUAGCCAUCUACAUUUCAAUCCCGAUUGUGACGUUUGUGUAUGUGUUUACAAACAUUGCGUACUUUACCCUCGUAUCACCCAGGGAAAUGAUGCUAUCCAAUGCUGUUGCUGUGACAUUUGCUGACAAGGUGUAUGGUGUCAUGGCGUGGAUGAUUCCUGUGUUUGUAUCACUCUCCACUUUUGGAGGUGUGAAUGGUCUACUCUUCACAUCAGGAAGGUUGUUCUUUGUGGGGGCGCGCGAGGGUCAGCUACCCAAAAUGAUGUCAAUGAUCAGCACAGCACAUUACACGCCCAUGCCCGCUAUGCUGUUUACGGGAGGAUUAUCAAUCCUGAUGCUGAUUUCUGAUGACAUGUAUGCUCUUAUAAAUUACAUGAGCUUUGUUCAAUGGCUGUCAGUCGGAAUGUCAAUAUGCGCUCUCCUUUACCUCAGAUACAAAGAGCCGAACAGAGAAAGACCAAUUAAGUUCAACAUUGCAAUCCCGAUCACAUUCUUGAUUGCGGUCAUCUUCCUGCUGAUAGUCCCUCUCUUCGCCGCACCCACAGAUACCGGCAUGGGGCUUCUGUUUGUUCUCUCUGGACUCCCGGUGUACGUUGUGGGCGUACGCUGGACUCACAAACCCAAGGCUGUGCAGAAUUUCAUCAAUUCCAUGACUGUAUUAAGCCAGAAGGUCUGCUUGGUUGUCGCUGAACAUGAAGGUUAAACCGGUUCUACAUGCAGUGAUACUUGAUUUGUGAAAAGGACUUAAUAAAUUAAAUGUCAGAAAGAUGGAGCAUAUAUGACAAGACUGUAAACUUUGUAAACCUGGGUUGUUUUCCCUGUUUGUUUCAGAAAAAACUGCUAAACUAGUGUUUACGCUAUAAGCUUGCUUUUGUGGAGUGAACUUAACUUUGUUGUAAACAGUUUUCAUGCUUGGUAGCAUAGCUGAAAAAAAGGCUGAACUCAUUGUUGUUUUGAGGGAUGAUCCAAGAAAGCUUUUAUUGUAUUUGGUUCGGCUGGAAAUCAACCUGACAUCAAGCUAAAUGGUAGAAGUUGUGUUCACUCAUUUUAUUAUACAUUCUCUUCUAGAGGUUGCCAUGAUAAAUGAUAGAAUGAUUAUUUUUAGCAUUUAUUUUUAGAUUGACAAAACAUAUAACUUAAAUGGUGCUUUACAUGGUGUUUAUAUUUGGAAUUGUUAACUAAAUCAUACAUUUUAUUUAUUUAUGGCUCAAUUUUAAAUGCUAGACAAACAUUUAAUGCAAUUGUUUAUAGUUCUCCUCUUUAAACAAUUUUAGUGGCUAUUUUUUUGUAUUUAUUCUUUAAUUUUAUAGACCGAUCUUCAAAAUAUGUAUGCAUUUAGGUUUAAUAAUUUUUAUGUUAACAAACUAUUGUGUAUAAGAAUAAUUCUUUUGCAUUUUUCCUGGAGAAAAACAGGGUACAUUUCGCUCAACAUAUUUAUUUCUCUUUAUUUUGUUGAAUCUCAUUGUAGGCUGAUGAGGGUUGAAAUACGGGGUACAUUAAUUAGUGUGUAUAUGGCCCAGGUGUGAAGUUGAGGUUCAUUUAUUAGAGUAUAUUGCUUAAAAAAAGAGUGCUUCUCCUGAAAAGUUCUCUGUAUGCUUGUUUUCAUUUUCGAGGAAGAAUCCAUUUGAAAAAGAUUUUUAAACAAAUUUACAUACAUUGUUAAAUCGUCUCAGAUUGAUUUUCAUUAUGACUUUGUAUAUUUGUGUGCUUUAAGGGAGAAACUACAGAAUUACAAUUGCAGAAUGUAUGAAAUAAACCUUAUAUGUAGUAUUUUUUGAAUGAAGGAAUUCCUAAUUGUUGAAGUUUAUUUCAUAAAGCCUCUAAGUUACCUUGUAUUUUAGUGGAAAUGUUUCAUUUUUAAGUCUUUCAAAUGUAUUUUAUUUUUCAUACAUUCAAUAUCAAUUAUUUAAUGGCUGUUCAUGUCACAAAGGGUACCGGUAUGCAAUUAUGAAUUUCACUCAUGCUUGAUAUUGGCAGCUGAACUCGUGUGUUUGACCAUUCAUUUAAAUUUCACCAAAUCAAUAAGUACUAAAACUUACAACUCAUAUAUUUUAAUAUGUUUACAUUUUUUACUUAUAUAUCCCUUAUAAACUUAUUUCUUAACUUGCCUAAAAGUUUGCCUUCCAUUUUUGGUUUUUGUUUUGUGGUGAUAGCAGUUUAAGAUAUAAGUUUUUUUAUGAAGAUCUGACAAAAAUACCUCAAAUGUAAGUGUCUUUAUGCUUACUGUUAUGUUUAAAUUUUCAUUGAUGAUAUCAAAGCAUGUGUAAACACAGAUAUAGUUAACAUUCAUUUUGUUCUUGUUAGAUGUAACCAUUGUUGUUGUUGUUGUUUUACAACUGAACUUGGCAGUUUGAUGUUAUUCUGUCAAAUUUACUUCAGUUGUGUGUUAUAAUCAUACUUUAUGAAUUAGAUGUUAUCUUACUUUAGUAUUGUAGUGUUAUCUCAUUUAGUCAUGAGAUGUAAUCUUACUUCAGUAAUGAAAUGUUAUCUACUUAAGUAAUGAAAUGUUAUCUUACUGAAGUAAUGAAAUGUUAUCUUACUUAUAUAAUGUAAUGUUAUCUUACUUAAGUAUUGAAAUGUUAUCUUACUUCAGUAAUGUGGUGGUAUCUUACUUCAGUAAUUUGACUUUAUCUUACUUAUGUAACUGGGGAAUAUCUUACUUUAGUAAAGACAUGCUCUUUUAUUUCAGUAAUUUGAUGGUAUCUUACUUUAGUAAUGUGGUGUUAUUUCAACUGUGAGUGUGGGGAACUCACUAACUCAUUAUGUAAUCAAUUGUGCACAUAAUUAAUGCAAUAUGUUAUGUGUACAUCAUUAUCAUUAUAAUGUAAUGUUAAUGCCUUAUUUGUAAUUUACAAAACCAUAGUCAUAGAAAUAAAUAUACAUAUAUAGUUUGCAUGCAGCAAUGAAGGAAACAUGUUUGUUUUAAUACUAUAUUACAUAUUUAGUUCCUUAAUACUAAACGAAGCAUUUUAUAAAACUAUUUAUUGUGCAUCUUAAAAACUUUAAAGAGAUUACAAGAAAUGUAAUAUGUAUAUCUAUUGGAGCAAUAAACCAAUAUCAAAUCCGGCUCGUGCAUUGAAAAGAUGGCCCCCACAUCUUAAAUAUUUGUGUAUUUGUUCAAACAUAAUAUGAUUUCAUUUCUCAAUAUUAAUAUUAUACAUGACUGUAUACUGUUUUGACCUAGUUUUGUUUUUGAUACUUGUGUCUGUUUAAUGGGUGACCCGUUAUACAUAGUUGAACAGACUCAUUAAAAGUGUGCACAGACUGUUUCAGAGUCGGAAUAAUCAUUUACUGUCAUUUUAAAAUUGAUUACAAACUUUUACUGAUUGUUAAAGGGAGCACAAUUUUCUAUCAACUGUUUUAAAAUACACUCAACCUUUUGCUGCUAGUUUAAGAGUGAGCUCAACCUUUUGCUGACAGUUUCAAGUGAGCUCAACCUUUCGAUGGCAGUUUUAAGUGAGCUCAACCUUUUGAUGAUAGUUUAAAGUGAGCUCAACCUUUUGAUGAUAGUUUAAAAUGAGCUCAAACUUUUGCUGACAGUUUAAAGUGAGCUCAACCUUUUGCUGACAGUUUAAAGUGAGCUCAACCUUUUAAUGACAGUUUUAAGUGAGCUCAACCUUUUGAUGCUAGUUUAAAAUGAGCUCAACCUUUCACUGCUAGUUUAAUAUUGAGCUCAACCUUUCACUGCUAGUUUAAUAUUGAGCUCAACCUUUUGCUGACAGUUUAAAGUGAGCUCAACCUUUUGCUGACAGUUUAAAGUGAGCUCAACCUUUUGAUGAGAGUUUAAAGUGAGCUCAACCUUUCACUGCUAGUUUAAUAGUGAGCUCAACCUUUUGACAACAGUGUAAAGUGAACUCAACCUUUCACUGCUUGUUUAAAAGUGAGCUCAACCUUUCGCUGACAGUUUAAAAGUCGGUGUAAACUUGAACUGACUGUUUAAAAGUAAGCACUAAUUUUUUCUGUAAAAGGGAGAACCAAUAUUUGAACAGACUGUUGUACAGAUAUUUUCCAACUGGACUCUUAACACUUAACAGGCUGUUUACUAUGUCUGUAUAUAACAUUUCUGGUGUGGGGAUCUCACUAACUAGUUACAUUUCUGGUGUGGGGAUCUCACUAACUAGUUGCUUACAUUUUGUUGAGAAUGAUGUGGAUGUUGUUUGCUUGACAUAAAAAUGAAUAAGACUUGGAAGCAAAUAUGAUUUGCCUGGAAAAUAAAAAAUAACAUGAUGUAAUGAUGUUUGAGAUAAACAUUAUUUCAUUACUUCUUAGAUGGGUGAAACCAGGUGUUGUAUCAAUGUAAAUAGUAUGGUGACGCAUGUCAUUUUAUACUAUAAUAUAAUGUUGCUGUGUAACUCUGUUUAUAUAUUGCAUGAUUUUGUACCUAAAUAAAUUAUUAUUUAAAGUAAUCCACUUACAUUUUGCGUAUGUAUAUCGUCAUUUGCAAUUUAAAAAAAAGAAUGUAUGAGAAUAUCUUCACAAUUGUUUAAAUCUAUAUCGUCAAUAUAAAUCAUGAGUGUGCAUUAUAUAACGUAUAAUUCUGCUGGCUCAGUGCAAAUUUGAUGGAUUGUUUAGAGUGUUAUUUGUCAUUGUAUGUAACAUGUUUAUAUAUCAUUUUUGUUUCAAACAUUUUCUUGGCAAACUUAUUUUUCUUGAAUUAACUUACAGUUAUUUCUGGUGAUGGUGAUGUUUUCAUUCUUCAGAUAUUUGUUAAGUUUAUGCUUAUUUCCUUUAGCUUAGUUGUGACAGCUUUAAGAAUCACCCUUGAGUCCAUUUCUGGGUAGAAACUAUUACUGAUGUCCAUUUUGGGAGGCCAGAAGUAGGUUCAUUUGACGGGGAUUGGACCCAAAACCUAUUGGGUCAGACACCAGGUCUGAUAGGCAAAUUUAGUCAAUUUUGAAAAUGGGCAGUUUUGGCAUUGUAUGAACUUAUAUUUUCACAACAAGAAAUUUGAAUUCCCCUAUGACCUUCAGAACAUGUCACCAUGGAUACAGACAUUCUGUGUUCAGUCAUUGAAAACUAUGAUGUCAUAGAAACUGCUGAAGUCAUUCUGACCAUAAAUUGACCGAGCCAAGAUCAAUGAAAUUGACAGUAUAAUUUUUUUCCCUGCAACUCUGUAAUCAUUUAACUAAUGUUUAUAUAUUCAUGUGUCCUCUGACAACCAUUCUAUAAUAGUAGGAAUGGAUACAUAUAAUAUUGACAACACCAAUUUGCGCUCUCUAAUCUCAACCAUAUAUUGAUCAAGUCAUCAGUAUUCCCCUCUCUUGUUCAAUAGUAUUGUCAAUGUUUUAAAUCAUGCGUUCAAUAUGAACGACGAAAUGCCACUGGUUCAAGAAUGGUCACAGGGGUGAACCUAUAUUUUCCCAUAUUGGGUCACUAAUUGAUAUCUUACCAAAAUGCCUAAGCUCCCGCCCGAUAUGGUUUCUUUUAAGCAAUAUGUCCUAUUUCGGGUCACCUACUUACCCUGUAACAUCUAAUAUUAAAUUUAUUGUCAACUUCAUUGAUCGUGGAUGGUACACCCAAUUUUGGUUGUUGUGGUCACAUGUUUCAUGUAUUUGAGUUUUGUGUACAUGAAUUGAAAUAAUCACUCAUAAACUGCUUUACUUUAAAAUAUUAUCAUAUCUUGCAUUUAUUUCUAUAACAAACACCAAGAGGUAUGAUGACAAAACCAUGACCAGACUUUUUAUGUAUCCAUUUUUCAAGCUGAUAGUAGAAUACCUCAGGACAUGCCUUGUGUGCUGGUCAGGCUUUUUAAUCUAUGGUAACACUUUAGUGGUAGUUAGUCUGAUAAACCAUGUCCAAGCAAUAUGUUUCCACAUCCAUAAAAAAUGUAUUGGUUGAAAACUGUUGAGACAUUUCUACAUUCUUUGUACCAACACUGAUUACAUAAUUCCUGUUAUGAAAUCUCAAUUUGUAUACAGGAUUCUGAUAUGUUUUAGUUUAUUGCAUGUUUGUGUAAAACAUAUUAUGGUUGCUGUGUUAUUUGUAACUGAAAUAGAUAUUUAUGAAAUAAAUAAUAUAAAUGUGAAAGCU